GUUAGUUUUGAGGAUGUGAUAGCAGAGCCGGUGUCGGUGCGCAGUGGGGAUCGGGUGUGGAUCUGGAGUCACGCUCUUUUCGAGGUGUCCAGGGCCUGGUUUUAUCGUAUCAUCACUGCUCUGCUGGCUGUUCCAGUGUCCCUCCUCGCUGGGAUUCUCUUCGCCGUCCUCAGCUUUGUUCACAUCUGGUUCUUUACGCCAUUUGUGCAGGUUGUCUUGAUUAACACCGGGUGGUUGCAAACUUUAUGGAGCAGCGUUUUAGACAUAAUCAUCCUACCCUUCUUCCAAAGCAUAGCCAAGUGCUGCAGUGGGAUUAGUGUCGUUCUCACACGGGAAUGAGAAACAUUUCUCUGGAAUCUGCUGAAUCAAUUAAAAUGGAUAUUCACAUUGAACUUUUGGGCAAAAGUGUGGCCAUCUGACUCCUGGUGCAUGUCAAGGGGGACCAUGCCCAAAUGUCAAGCGUGAUGAAUGUUAACUCGCUGGCAAAAACUGAGAGGAAGCGGAUAUUUGGGAAUGCAUGAUGUUUGCUUAGGUAUGAAUGUAAUUUAAAGGGAUAGUUCCACCAAAAAUGACGAUUCAACUCAUGUUGUUCAAAACCCAUGUUAUUUUUUUUCUUCUGUGGAACACAAAUGUGGACCACUUUUACAGUGCUUUAUAUACCACCUUUUAUGUUCUAAGGAAGAAAUAACGUCUUACAGGUUUGCAAUGACGUGAGGGUGAGUAAAUUAUGUCAGAAUUUUCAAUUCUCAAAGAACUAGCCCUGUGUGUGU